AUGGCUUCUUUGAAACCCAAGGCCUCUCUCGUCAGAGACCCCUUGGGCAGAAACACGCUCUUCCUGGACGAAUCCAUCGGCCAAGAUCAUUUCGUAUCGCGCGUUGGACCAACCUACCAGCGUACGGUUGUGGACGGAGGUCCCUGCACUAUCUUUUUCGACAGCGUCGUGCGAUCUUUUUUGAUCGCUCCUGCCGUUCUCAAGCCAACUUUUGUCAACAAUCCUGGUCGCUGGCAGCACAUAGUCGACCUCGAGGAGAACUUGCCAGAGAAUGCCACUAAUGAAGCAGUCGGAGACGAGUCCGGACAGAAUGGAGGCAAGGUCGUCGAGGGUGAAGAUGAGGACGACAAGGGAGGCGACGCUCUGAUCACAGAGGGAAUGAAUCUUGACGAGGAAGCUCCGAAUACAGCUGGCAGCUCUCAAAGCACUGAGAAGAUCCCUCGCCCACCCAACUCGUGGAUUAUUUUCCGAAAGCAGAAGUCAAAAGAGCUACGUGAGGCGAAUCCCAACAUGUCCGCCGGUGAAGUCUCCACGGAGGCGGCUCGCCAGUGGAAAGCCAUGUCAGACGAGGACAAGGGCAUCUACCAGGCAAUGGCCCAGGAAGCAGCGGAGCAGCACAAAAUCCAAUACCCUAAUUACCGCUACCAACCUGCAAGAAAGUAG